UAAGCCCAAAACCCUCGUGCGCUUACCUCCAUUUGUCUCUCUUUAUCCCACUCUCUCUCACACACUGCACACACACUAUUCCAUUAUCAAAUGUUUUUAUGUUGUUAGCUGUAAAUGGACUGAUAAUAAUUUAGAUUAAAACAAAGAAAGAGAUUAGGCGCAGAAAGUUUAAAUCUCGGGGAGCCCCACUUUAAAUUUUUCCAUUAAAUAUCAUCCUUAUCAUUAGGAGUGUCUAGAAGAGAAGCCAAGAAAGAGUAAAUCUUGAUCAGCCCACUUAAAAUUUCAGUAGCAUUUUAGAGAGAGAGAGGCCAGAAAAAUUGGAUCUUGAUAUACCACAUUUGAUUUUUGGCUUCAUAAUUUGCAGGCAAUUUGCAAGGUGCUGCUUUUUCACUGGAUCUGGGUUUUUUAUUUUCGAAGAUUUUCUACUGGAUAUUCUCCGAGGCUGAAGAAAGUAACAAUAAUCACCACCUCACAGAAAUAUAAAGAUUGUGAACUUGACAAGAUAAUGGCUCUUAUGAUUGAGAAAGAUACUAUCAUUGAUAUAGAGAGCUGUCUUAGCACUAUCAAAGAACCCGAAACACCCGAUGUUUCAAACCAUAAAGUCGGUGAAAACACUAUCAAAGUAUGUGGUUUGCCUAUGAGUGUUGAUGAUCUGGCCAAGUGUAGUGAAAAUUCACAGAUUAGUCCGAAUUCCGGAAAAAAUGCUAAAAAGGAAAAACGAUUCUCGAUGAGCGCUAAGAAGCCGCCCAAACCCCCACGGCCCCCGAGAGGGCUGUCUUUGGAUGCGGCCGAUCAGAAGCUGAUCAAAGAGAUUUCCGAAUUAGCCAUGAUUAAACGUGCUAGGAUAGAGAGGAUGAGGGCAUUGAAGAAGAUGAGGGCGGGGGCAAAAGCGUCAUCUGGCGCAUCCUCGUCCAGUGGCAACUUGAUUGCGAUGCUCUUCACGGUUGUUUUUUGCAUCGUGGUUAUUUUUCAAGGUUGCCAUCCUUUGCGUAUUUUGCCGAGUAAUAGCUCCACCACUAAAAUAAUGCAUUCCUCAACGCCAAAUGGAGCAAAUGAGCACAAAUUUUUCGAUGUUGUAAACCAAUAUUGGAGUUCAUCCACGACUAAUGUAAACGCACAUUCCGGUUCUGAAUCUCCCAGUUAUGUGGAUCGGGCUCCUGUUUUAGAUAACAAGGACGAUGCCAAUAAUCGCCCUUUUGAGUAAAUAUGUGUGAGGACUUUGUUUCGAAUUGUGUAGAAAUAUGCCCAGGCAUUGAGACUGACCAAUAAAAGCUCCUUUGUUGCUAAAGUUGAUGAAGUAUACAUCUCAUAAUGUUAUAAAUGCCGAGCGCAAAGAAUCCAAAUUCGCUUGUGUUCAGGUCCUCGACUUGUUCUUCACUCUUGUAUAUUCAUGAUGUUCAAUAAACACGAUGAGCUUGCAUUAAAGGAUUUCCAUAUGUGAAAACCCGAUUUGUCGGUAGGAUUUCUCUUUGAUUUGAUUAAUGCAGAAAAAUCUUGUGAAAUGCUGUGGCUCAUUUUGUUGGAAGGUAUUUGAAGACAUCUGCAAGAAGUUUUUGUUGGCCCCAUUUUUUCUCAAGUCUCAUGUGCUUUGAUAUUGGAACUGAGUCAUUGUAAUUCUUUGGUGGGGUUUGAAUUUUUUAAAUUGAUUUGACUUGGUGAGUGAAAAAAAUCAAAAAUUGAAAUAAAAUAUAAUCGAUAAGAGUGUAGUGUGAUCUGUUGGGUGUUUUGACUUGGUCUUUUUAUUUAUUAAUAUUAUUUUGAAUUCUUG